AUGUUCCUGGAGUUCAUGUCGUUGGGAAGGCACUUGGCCAUGGUGUGGUCCGUCGUGAUUGUGGGAGUGCUUGGCCCCUUGCACUACUUCCUGCAUCGUAGCACCUCUACAGAUCCUGCUCAAUUUCUUAGCAUGACCAGCUAUAACGGCCUCAUUUUGGCCCACUUGCCACGGUCACAGCAGCUGCUACUCACAUGGGGCCAUGUCGUUGCUGUGUGGUAUUUGGUGGUGUCGUCUUGCUGGUUGAUCUAUUUGGCACAGCUUCGAUUCCUGGUCCAUCGCUUCAACUGGUUGAAACAUAUUCCACCGCCUCGAGCCACCACACUUCUGGUGGAGAAUUUGCCCAAGGAGUGUCGCUCGGACGAUGCCUUGCGGGUCUACUUUGCACGGCUCUUUGGACCACAGAGCAUCGUACAGGCCUAUGUGGUUCGGCGCACGGAGCGUCUUCGCAAACUGUUCACGGAUGUGGAAACGACUGCUUCCAGACUACAUCUUGAAGAGGUGAGACAACCUGGUCGAGAAUGCCCUUGCGGUUCUGAAGUUGACAAGGGCUUACUCCGCUCGACCCUGGUGGACCUGAAGGCAGAAGUGUCCAAAGAACAGAAGAAAGUUGAAGAAGCGGUGCAGCAAAUGGACUUGAAGGUGUGCAGUUCUGCAGGUUUUGUUACAUUCACCUCCCGACGAAUGUGUAUGUUGGCCUUGUCCCCACAGUACCGGGCAGAUGCCUCGCAGUUUACCACGACUAUGCCUCCAGAUCCGGAAGAUGUGAUUUACCAGGACUUAGCCAAAGACCCUGAGGUGAGAGCUGGAGGUGUCUUGACGGCCGGGGCGCUCCUUCUCUUGAUCUUCAUUAUCUGGGCACCCAUGAUAGCCACGUUCUUGGACAAAGUGGAACCCUUCAUCGUCAGCGUGCAAAAUCCACAAGCCAGACACCUUCUGCAAGGUGUGAUGCGAACCGGUGUUCUCAAGAUGUUCAUGAGCUGUUUGCCAACAUUGUUCAUGGCCAUCAUACACAACUUUCUGACGCUGAAGGCGGGUGCCUGGGCACAGCUGAAGCUUCAGGACUGGUUCUUUGCAUUCCAGUUGGUCUUCAUCUUGCUUGUGACGACCAUCGUGGGCACCGUAUUGAACGUGUUGGAGAAGCUUCUCGCUCACCCGGGUGAGGUGGUGUACAUUCUGGCAGAUGCAUUGCCUGGAUUCUCCAACUUCUACAUCAACUACAUCUUGUUGAGCUGCUUCCUGCAGGUCUUUGAUUUGCUGCGGACCAUGAACCUGGCCAAGUACCUCUUCUGGCGCGGGCGCAACGCGGAUCCGGAUGAAGCCAGAGACUUGAGCGAACCCGAAGAUCAGGACAGCGAUGGUAUGGGAUCCCGUAUGGCGAAGGUGGCGAUUCACCUGGUGGUGUGUACCGUCUUUGCCAGUUGCUGCCCUGUCAUCCUGCUUGUGGCCUGGCUUUAUUUUGCUCUUGGAAGAUACACCUACGGCUUCUUGGUGAUUUUUGCGGAGACCAAAAAACCGGACAUGGGCGGUGCCUUUUGGGUCAAGAGUCUGCGCCAUCUCUUUCUAGGCGUUUUGAUCUACAUCCUCUUGAUGGUGGGUCUUCUGAGUCGCACUAGCCCAGAUCGUGAGCCCAUGCUUUGCGCUUUUGCCUCUAUCCUGGCUUUGGGAUUUGGAUAUUUGCGCUUCAGCAGCUUGAGCUGGGAGGCACUUCCCUUUGAGGCCGUGGCGGAAGUGGAUUUGCAGCACCGGGAGGUCUCGGGCGAAUAUCGGCAGCCGGAGUGUGGACGUCCGCGGGAGGGCCGCCGCGAAAGUGUGGGCAAGAAAAGCGACGGCACGCAUUGAAGCACUGCACUGCGAUGG